CGCCCACACAGCACAGCAGCUUGUUGCCCUUUUUGUUUGUGUGUGCAGCGCAGCAGGAGGAGACAGACAGAGAGGACACGCAAGGCAAAAGCGAGCGAGCGAGCGAGUCAAAAGAAGCACGAGUGUUGUUUGGUGUGGUGGUGUGUUGUGUUGUUUGGUUUGGCCUCGCUGUCUGGCUGCCUUGUGGUGUUGAUUUGUGUUGUCACCAUCAGCAACAACCAUGAGCAACGCUGGUGCUGUGCGCGUCGCCGUGCGCGUUCGUCCCAUGAACGACCGUGAGAAGAAGAAGAAGGCAGAAUGUAUCGUGGAAAUGAAAGGAACCCAAACCCUGCUCCACAACAAGGACAGUCCUGGUGGCGAUGAUGUGAAGCGGUUCACCUUUGAUCACAGCUACUGGUCCUACAACAAGUCUGACGCCCACUACACGCCGCAGGAGCAGGUGUUCAAGGACCUGGGCACAGACGUCCUGGAUGCAGCGUUUGAGGGCUACAACGCAUGUGUGUUUGCGUAUGGCCAGACCGGUGCCGGAAAGUCCUACACCAUGAUGGGAUACGGGGAGGAGAUUGGGCUGAUCCCGCGCAUCUGCGAGGGCAUCUUUGAGCGCGUGGUGGCAGAGACGGACGAGACAACAAAGUUUGUCGCCACCGUGAGCUAUCUUGAGAUCUACAACGAGCGUGUGCGUGACCUGCUCACCAAUUCUCCCGCCAAAACGCAGCUGAAGGUGCGCGAGCACCCAAAGACGGGCCCCUUUGUCGACGGCCUCUCCGUGCACGAGGUGACGGACUUUGAGCAGAUUCAGGAGCUGAUGGACCUUGGCAAUGACAACCGGACAACCGCGGCCACGGGGAUGAACGACACGAGCAGCCGCUCCCAUGCCGUGUUCACGAUUGAGUUCAAGCAGGCGUCGUUUGUCGCCGGCAUCCCCUCGGAGAAGUCGAGCAAGAUCAACCUGGUGGAUUUGGCGGGAAGCGAGCGCACGUCCGCGACAAAGGCCACGGGCCAGCGCCUGGUGGAGGGCGGCAACAUCAACAAGUCCCUCACCACGCUUGGGCUGUGCAUCUCGGCGCUUGCUGAGCGCUCCAGCCCGUCAAAGAAGAAGAAGAAGGGCCACUUUAUCCCCUACCGUGACUCCGUCCUCACGUGGCUGCUGAAGGAGUCCCUGGGUGGAAACUCCAAGACCAUCAUGGUUGCAGCCAUCAGCCCGGCAAACAUCAACUACGGCGAAACCCUCAGCACCCUCCACUACGCCAACCGGGCAAAGAACAUUGUCAACAAACCGAUUGUGAACGAGGACGAGAAUGUCCGGCUGAUCCGCGAACUCCGCGCCGAAGUCGACAGGCUGAAGAAGCUGAUUGGCGGGGACGAGGAGAUUGCGCGGCUUGAGCGAGAGCGGCGGGAGGCAGAGGCGCGCUUGACGGCCGCCACCACCGACGACGAGAAGCACGCCGCGCAACAGGCCCUCUCCCAGAUUGACCAGGCCCUCACGGACGCACAGAGCGCUGACAAGUCGAAGCUUGAGCAGCAAAUUGCUGCGAGCGAACAGAUGAUGAACGCCAUGGUCAGCGACUGGAAGGGCAAGUUUGAUGCGAUGCAUCAGAUCAUGGAGGACCGCGGCCUUGCCUUCAAGGAGGCUGGCCGUGCGCUCACGGUCGAGUCUGAAAUGCCACAUUUCGUCAGCCUGAAUCUCGAUGACCCUCUGGCAACGGGCAUUGUGCUGUACUACAUCCACGAUGGCACGACGACGAUUGGGCACAAGGGGGCGGAUCCCGAGCCCGACAUCAGCCUGGACCACUCGGAUGUGCUCGAUCGCCACUGCACGGUCGAGUUUACGGCCGACGACGGCGCCGACCGCGUGGUUCUGCACCCGUGCGAGGAGGCCAUGGUGCUGGUUGACGGUGUCCCCGUCGACGGCGAGAUUGAGCUGAACCAGGGUGUGACGGUGCAGCUUGGCAACGACACGCUGCUGCGCUUCAACCACCCGGCCCAGGCGGCCCGUCUUCGCGAGCAGCGCGCUGCACAGCAAGGCAGCGAUGGUCGCAGGUCAUCGAAGACGUGGGUGAUGCACGGGCGCGUGAAGCAGGAAGAGGAGCGAGCGCGCCAGGCCGAGGAAGAGCUGCGGAAACUUCGCGAGCAGACGCAGCAGGAGGCCGAGCAGCGGCAGGUGCAGGAAGCGGCAGCAGCGGAGGAACGCGAGAAGGAGGAGGCGAGGAAACGCGAGGCCGAGGAGCGCAUGCAGGAGAUGCAGCGGCGGAUUCAGGAGCUGGAGGAGGCACGCAACCGCGCAUACAGCGAGAAACAGCGCCAAGAACAGCAGCGGCAACAUCUUGAGGAAGAGAUGAAGACGAUUCGGCUGCGGGAAUCUGAGGAGCAGGACGAAGCAGCGCGACAGCACGAGGAGAGCCUCAAGCAGAUUGACGACAGCAUUGCGUCGACGAUGGAGGAUGCAGAAGAAGCGAAAGCGUCGCUGCUUGCAGCCGACCUCGAGGCAAAGGAGCGCCAGCACGAGGAGGAGGUUCGGCGGCUGGAGGAAGAGAAGCAAGCGAUGCAGCGGCAGCUCGAGGAGGCGCGAAAGGCCGAGGAGCGCAGGAUGCAGUCAAAGGGAUCCAGCAAACGAAGCUUCAACGAAGUCUGGGACAUUAAGGUUCAGGAGCACAAGCCGCGCGGGGACUUCCACGUGUUUAAGGUGGAGGUGACGCUCCUUGGCGAGCGGUGGUACGUCUGGCGACGCUUCAACCACUUUAAGGACCUUCAUCGCUUGAUGAAGAGCAAACUGCGUGGCAUCGUCUCAUACAUCAACUUUCCGCCAGAGCACGUGCUGACGACGCGGCUGCGUAAAUCGCGCAUCAACAAGGAUUUCCUCGACCAGCGCGCACACGACCUGCAGGAGUACCUGAUUGACCUGAUUGCGAAGACGUACACGCUGCCCGGCUCGCCGUUCUUCGAAGUUGACCGCGGCCUUCUCGAGCGAAACGUCGCCUUCUUCCGCAAGGGCGGGCAGUAGUCACCCAGCCAUCCCACCAACCAACACGUGUCAACACGUGUCAACACGUGUCAACAGAGCAACCAGUGGGUGACAACCACCAAACCAAUCACCGGUCGACUUGACUGAGACAUGGGUCACGGGGUUUCCCCCUCCCCCUUCCUAAGCUGCUUUGAGUCUGUAGUUGCAUGCCUCGUUGUGUUGUGGUUGUAGCGCCCCCAACCCCCUCUUCCAGUCACUGUUGCUGUAGUUGCUGUGUAUAUGGGCCGUCUUUGUGUUGCGUGUGCUGUGUUUGUUGUGUGACACCGGUCAGGCUUUCGCUUUCUGUUAUCGUCCCUCGUUAGCUGCCCAUUCCUGUGCUGAUCCUCCUCUUGGUCGUGUUGUGCUGCUGCUGCUGUCUCGCUGUGUGCAUGGGUGUGUGAUUCCAUCACAUUACGUCAUGUCACGUGUUGAUUGAUGGCACAAUUGGCUCACUCGUCCCUUCCACUGUUUUCUCUCCUAGUCAUCUCUUCUGUUGUGUGUGUGUGUGUGUGUGUGUGUGCGUGCGUGUGUGCGUGCGUGUGUGCGCGUGUGGUUCUCAGUUCGUGUUAGACGUUGCCGUUCAGAAUAAGGCCUCGCUAAGCUGCA